AACAGGACAUUGCGGCGGCGGGCGGAGCCGGGGGAUAGUGAUGUAAGGAGCGGGGUGAUCCCGCUGGGAGAAUCAGGACUGCGCGGUGAGACCCCAGGGGUGUGGGGCGGGGGAUCCCAGUCCCCGCCCCGUUUUCCCCGCCCCUCCCCCUGCCUCCUUCACGCCCCUCCCCCUCCUCCUCUCUGGUUGGAAAGUUUCUAGAAUCUCUUCCCAGCGGCCUUUGCGGUUCCAACAUGGCGGAGCUGACGGUGGAGGUUCGCGGCUCCAACGGGGCUUUCUACAAGGGAUUUAUCAAAGAUGUUCAUGAAGACUCCCUCACAGUUGUUUUUGAGAACAAUUGGCAACCGGAACGCCAGGUUCCAUUUAAUGAAGUUAGAUUACCACCACCACCUGAUAUAAAAAAAGAAAUUAGUGAAGGAGAUGAAGUAGAGGUGUAUUCAAGAGCAAAUGAUCAAGAACCAUGUGGAUGGUGGUUGGCUAAAGUUCGAAUGAUGAAAGGAGAAUUUUAUGUCAUUGAAUAUGCUGCUUGUGAUGCCACUUACAAUGAAAUAGUCACAUUUGAACGACUUCGGCCUGUCAAUCAAAAUAAAACUGUCAAAAAAAAUACCUUCUUUAAAUGCACAGUGGAUGUUCCUGAGGAUUUGAGAGAGGCGUGUGCUAAUGAAAAUGCACAUAAAGAUUUUAAGAAAGCAGUAGGAGCAUGCAGAAUUUUUUACCAUCCAGAAACCACACAGCUAAUGAUACUGUCUGCCAGUGAAGCAACUGUUAAGAGAGUAAAUAUUUUGAGUGACAUGCAUUUGCGAAGUAUUCGUACGAAGUUGAUGCUUAUGUCCAGAAAUGAAGAGGCCACUAAGCAUUUAGAAUGCACAAAACAACUUGCAGCAGCUUUUCAUGAGGAAUUUGUUGUGAGAGAAGAUUUGAUGGGCCUGGCAAUAGGAACACAUGGUAGUAACAUACAGCAAGCUAGAAAGGUUCCUGGAGUUACAGCUAUUGAGCUAGAUGAAGAUACUGGAACAUUUAGAAUCUACGGUGAGAGUGCUGAUGCUGUAAAAAAGGCCAGAGGUUUUUUGGAAUUUGUGGAGGAUUUUAUUCAGGUUCCUAGGAAUCUUGUUGGAAAAGUAAUUGGGAAGAAUGGCAAAGUUAUUCAAGAAAUAGUAGACAAAUCUGGUGUGGUUCGGGUGAGAAUUGAAGGAGACAAUGAAAAUAAACUACCUAGAGAAGAUGGGAUGGUUCCAUUUGUAUUUGUUGGCACUAAAGAAAGCAUUGGAAAUGUGCAAGUUCUUUUAGAGUAUCAUAUUGCUUAUCUAAAGGAAGUAGAACAGCUAAGAAUGGAACGCCUGCAGAUUGAUGAACAGCUACGACAGAUUGGUAUGGGUUUCAGACCUUCUUCCACCAGAGGGCCUGAAAAAGAGAAAGGAUAUGCCACUGAUGAAAGUACCGUCUCUUCUGUACAAGGUUCUAGGUCUUAUAGUGGAAGAGGCAGAGGUCGUCGGGGCCCUAAUUACACUUCUGGUUAUGGUACAAACUCUGAGCUGUCUAACCCAUCUGAAACUGAAUCUGAGCGUAAAGACGAGCUGAGUGAUUGGUCAUUGGCGGGAGAAGAUGACCGAGAGAGCCGGCAUCAGCGUGACAGCCGGAGACGCCCAGGAGGAAGAGGCAGAAGUGUUUCAGGGGGUCGAGGUCGUGGUGGACCACGUGGUGGCAAAUCUUCCAUCAGUUCUGUGCUCAAAGAUCCAGACAGCAAUCCAUACAGCUUACUUGAUAAUACAGAAUCAGAUCAGACUGCAGACACUGAUGCCAGCGAAUCUCAUCACAGUACUAACCGUCGUAGGCGGUCUCGUAGACGAAGGACUGAUGAAGAUGCUGUUCUGAUGGAUGGGAUGACUGAAUCUGAUACAGCUUCAGUUAAUGAAAAUGGGCUAGAUGAUAGUGAAAAAAAACCCCAGCGACGCAAUCGUAGCCGCAGGCGUCGUUUCAGGGGUCAGGCAGAAGAUAGACAGCCAGUCACAGUUGCAGAUUAUAUUUCUAGAGCUGAGUCUCAGAGCAGACAAAGAAACCUCCCAAGGGAAACUUUGGCUAAAAACAAGAAAGAAAUGGCAAAAGAUGUGAUUGAAGAGCAUGGUCCUUCAGAAAAGGCAAUAAAUGGCCCAACUAGUGCUUCUGGCGAUGAAAUUUCUAAGCUACAGCGUACUCCAGGAGAAGAAAAGAUUAAUACCUUAAAAGAAGAAAAUACUCAAGAAGCAGCAGUCCUGAAUGGUGUUUCAUAAACUGAAGAAGUUCCUAGUUUACAGUUCUUUUACAUUACAUUUUACAAUAGUGCUUGUACAAGCUUGCCAAAGAUAGAAUAUGGAUCGCCAGUCUUUACAUCGCACUUUCAGUUCCUCCAUUUGGAAUUCAGAAAGGGGAGGGAUCCUGAAGAAAUCAUAUGUUAAACAUAACUUUGACACCUACUGUGUUAUAAAAUAUAUCAUCAGAUGUGCCUUGAGAAUAGUAUAUGUAACAUUAAAAAAAGUUGCUGGCUAUAGGAAAUGUUAUUUUGUUUUCAAAAUAUGGCAGAGA